AUGGUCGGUUCUUAUGCACUACAUCAACGGCUUCACGAACUGCCCGAGCGUGAGGCUGGAAUGGUCAAGCUACUAUGCAACGACCUGGACAUCCCGCUCGGAGUGAUAGCGCCUCUAAGGAUGGACGAUCCAAUCAUCCAGAAGCUGGGACAGGAGACCUUGGCCCGGAGCUCAGUCGAUGGCACGCUCGCGAUGCUGGUCAAUGGUGGCAAGCUGCAAGAGGAGAUCUCACGACUCGCUACAGAAGCCGAUUUACCUUUGAUGGGAUCGAGCGCCAACAUGACCGGUAAAGGUACCAAGUCACUCGUGGAGGAGAUCGAGCCGGAGAUCAUUGCAGCUGCAGACAUCAUCAUCGAUUACGGGAAGCGGAAGUACAGUGUCCCAAGGACGAGCACGACCAUGAUCAACUUCAAGAACAUGGAGCUCAUCCGAUUCGGAGCGUGCUAUGAUGUGGUGAAGUACACGAUGCAGAGAUAUUAUGGGAUUGAGUAUCCCGAAGACCCCGGCAAGGAGGCUCUGUUCAGCGGUCAUCGCGGUGAGCAAGCCAAUCAGUACUAG